UCUAUCAUCUAUCUCUAUCUAUCAUCUAUCAUCUAUCUCUAUCUAUCUAUCUAUGAUCUAUCAUCUCUCUUUAUCUAUCUAUCCAUCUAUCAUCUACUUAUCUAUCAUCUAUCUAUCAACCUAUUUAUCAACCUAUCUAUUAUCUAUCUAUCUAUCUAUCUAUCUAUCUAUCUAUCUAUCUAUCUAUAUCUAACAUCUAUCUAUAUAACACCUAUCUAUAUAUAAAUUAUCCAAUACUUUUUCUGGACCAUUGGGCCAUUGAUUAGACAUGCAAGCAUUUCCCUCCCACUGGAUUUCUUGAUGGUUCUUUCCAAGAACAAUAUAGUUAUUUAUGUAAACUCUGUACAGUUCAAAUGUUAACCAAUUUAAAAUGGGCAAAAUUAUCAGUGAGUAUUCAAAUUUUUUUCAAUUCUCUGAAGUUUGUGCUAUUUUUUCAAGUGUGUGAUCAUCUAGACAUCAGCUUUUAAAAUUUAUUUACCCAAUUCCUCAAUCUUAAUUGCUAUAAUAACUGACAUUUUUGUAGAGUACAGGCAAACAAUUUUGUGUUCAUUUGAUUCUUUCCCAUGUUUCUUCAUAACAAGAAUUCAGUUGUGUCAGCAGUCAUUCAGUACUAGUACAUGUCAUCACUAGUAAGCUGACAGGUGUGAUUAUGGAGGCAUCAACAGGAUUUCUGUACUAGAAAGUUUACUUUGUGAUUAACAAGUAGUUUAUAAAGGGAUAGUUUAGAAAAUGUAAAUAACCUAUUUCUCAGCAAAAAUAUCAACUGCUUUUGUAUCCAUUCAGGUCGUCUAACAGUCAUUCAUUUUAUACUUUGAAGUUAGGCUUCUAGCAAAUGGGACACUUUUGUCUUCACUUACUGAUUUUUUUGUUUUUGUUUGUUUCAUAGCAUAUGAGUUUGAUGAUGCUUUAUAUUCUUCAGUCAACAACUGUAAUUAUUCCCUUUAACACUCAAAUUUUCUUAUAAGUGAAGAUAAAAUAAAAGAAGAUGUAAAUUAGUAUGGAAAAAAUCAAUGCAAGUUCUGAAGGGUACUUCAUUCUUCUGGGUUUUUCUAAAUGGCCUCACCUGGAGGUAGUACUCUUUGUGGUGAUCUUGAUAUUCUACUUGGCAACACUGACAGGUAACUUCUUCAUUAUCAUCCUAUCACACUUAGACUCCCACCUGCACACACCCAUGUACUUCUUUCUGUCAAAUCUCUCAGCUCUGGAUAUCUGCUACACCACUAGUUCUGUCCCUCAACUGCUAUUCAACCUCUGGGGUCCAGAGAAGACGAUAUCUUAUGCUGGUUGCAUGCUCCAACUCUACUUUGUCCUUGCUCUGGGCACCACAGAGUGUGUUCUUUUGGUGGUGAUGUCCUAUGACCGCUAUGCAGCUGUGUGCAAACCCUUGCAUUAUUCUGUUGUCAUGAAUCCUCGUUUCUGUCACAUGCUAGCAGCAGCCUCCUGGGUAUGUGGCUUUAUGGACUCAGCACUUCAUUCUCUCUUCACUUUCUGGGUACCUUUGUGUGGACAUCACCAAGUAGAUCACUUCUUUUGUGAAGUCCCAGCACUGCUUCAGUUAUCCUGUGUUGAUACUCGAGCUAAUGAGAUGACUCUACUGGUUGCAAGCUCUAUUUUUGUUUUAAUCCCACUCAUUCUCAUUUUCACUUCCUAUGGCGCUAUUGCUCAAGCUGUCCUAAGGAUGCACACUAACACAGGAUUUCAGAAAGCAUUUGGGACAUGUGGAGCCCACCUUAUGGUUGUAUGCCUCUUUUUCAUUCCAGCCAUGUGCAUUUACCUUCAGCCUCCAACAGAAAAUUCUCAAGAUCAAGCCAAGUUCAUUGCCCUCUUCUACACUGUUGUCACACCUAGCCUGAACCCUCUCAUCUAUACUCUAAGAAACAAAGAUGUCAGAGGAGCAGUAAGAAGGCUAAUGGGUCAGUAGUAUCUU